AGGGCAGGCUCAGGCAGCUCCAAGGAGGCCCGGAGGUGAUAAAACUUGAGAAAUAACUAGGAGGGGCCACAUAGUGUCUCCCUGGUCCAAUCCAGUUUCAGACGAGAACACGCUCCUGGGCAAAAGAAGCUUGAAAGAGGCCAGAACGACUUUUAGACAAGCUGCUGCGAAAAACCUCCAGAGCCCUGGCUCUCAGAGUCUCUGCUAGGCGCCAGUCUGUGUCCUGGCCAUCUUGCCAUGGCGAUCUCUGGGCUAUGGAGGCCCCGGGACAGAGCCCUCUGCACGCAACUGCUGCUGACCCUCUGGGUCUUCAGUUUUGUUGGUGAUGCCUGUAAGAAGGUGACUUUAAAUGUGCCUUUGACACUAGAGGCGGACCAGAUAAUCGGAAGAGUUAAUUUGAAGGAGUGUCUCAGCUCUGCUGAUGGCAUCAGGCCAAGUGAUCCUGAUUUCAGAGUUCUAGAUGAUGGGUCAGUCUAUCCAAUCAGAGAUCUUGUGUUGUCGGGAGAGAAAAGAUUGUUUGCCAUUCAGCUUUCUGACUCAAAGACACAGACACAGAAAGAGAUCCCUGUAAUCCUGGAGCACCAGAAGAAGGUACUGAAGAAAAGACACACUAAGAAUACUGUCCUCAGGAGAGCCAAGAGAAGAUGGGCACCCAUUCCUUGUUCAAUGCAAGAGAAUUCCUUGGGCCCCUUCCCAUUGUUUCUUCAACAGGUUCAGUCCGAUGCAGCUCAGAACCAUACUAUCAUUUACACACUAAAUGGGCGGGGAGUUGAUCAAGAACCCCAGGGUUUGUUCUGCAUAGACAAAUACACUGGGAAAGUGUUUUGCACUCAGCCUGUGGAUCGUGAGGAAUAUGACGUUUUUGAUUUGAUUGUCAAUGCCUUCACUGAAGAUGGCUAUUUAGCCGAUUUAACUCUUCCACUGCCCAUCAAAGUAGAGGAUGAAAAUGACAAUUAUCCUCUUUUUACAGAAACAAUUUAUAAUUUUGAAGUUCCAGAAAGCAGUAGACUUGGCACUGUAGUUGGAGUGGUGUGUGCCACAGAUAAAGACGAGCCUGACACAAUGCACACACGCCUCAAGUACAGCAUCUUGGAGCAGAACCCACGGUCACCUGGGCUCUUUUCUGUGCACCCUGACACCGGCGUCAUCACCACCAUCUCUCACUACUUGGACAGAGAGGUUAUAGACAAGUACACAUUGAUAAUGAAAGUCCAAGACAUGAAUGGCCAAUUUUUUGGACUGAUCAGUACAUCAACUUGUAUCAUAACAGUGCAAGAUUCCAACGACAACGCACCCACAUUCAGACAAAAUGCAUAUGAAGCUUCUGUGGAGGAAAACGCAUAUAAUGUUGAAAUCUUGCGCAUACCUGUAGAUGAUAAGGACUUGAUUAAAAGUGAAAACUGGAAGGCAAAUUUUACCAUCUUAAAAGGAAAUGAAAAUGAACGCUUCAAAAUUACAACAGAUCCAGCGACAAAUGAGGGUGUUCUAUGUGUUGUGAAGCCACUGGAUUAUGAAGAAAACCAUCAAGUGACUCUAGAGAUUGGAGUGACCAACGAAGUUCCACUCAUCAGAGAUGUUGCAAGUCGAGUACCCACCAUGAACCGGGCCUUGGUUACAGUUCAUGUGAGGGAUCAGGAUGAGGGUCCAGAAUGCAAACCCCGUGAGCAAUAUGUUCGCAUCAAAGAAAACUCAGCUGUGGGGUCCAAGAUCAAUGGCUAUAAGGCCUACGAUCCUGAAACCAAGAAUAGCAAUGGCUUAAGGUAUAGAAAACUGCAGGAUCCUAAAGAAUGGGUCAGUAUUGAAGAAGUUUCAGGGCUGCUUACCAUAUCAAAAGUCCUAGACAGAGAAGUCGUGGCUCCAAGAAAUGAUUUAUAUAAUAUCACAGUCAUGGCAAUAGACCAAGAGGGUAAAUCGUGCACAGGAACACUAGCAGUGAACAUUGAGGAUGUGAAUGACAAUGCACCUGAAAUAAUUCAAGAUUACCUUGUCAUCUGCAAGCCAAAGAUGGGGUAUAUGGACAUUUCAGCUAUGGAUCCUGAUGACCCUGUCCACGGCCCUCCGUUUCAGUUCAACUUGGCAAGCUCUUCUCCAGAAGUCAACAGGAUCUGGACACUCAAACAAGUUAAUGAUACAGCCGCCCGCCUAUCCUAUUGGAAAAAUGCUGAAGUUCAAGAAUACAGUAUUCCUGUUACUGUAAAAGACAGAGCAGGCCAAUCUGCAACCAAAACCUUGAGAGUUAACCUGUGUGAUUGUACUCAUCCGAGCCAGUGUGCGGCCAGGUCCAGGAGUGCAGGCAUCACCUUGGGGAAGUGGGCCAUCCUUGCCAUCUUGUUGGGCAUCGCACUGCUAUUUUCUGUACUGCUAACUUUAGUAUGUGGAGUUGUUACUGCCCGGAAAGGAAAACAUUUUCCUGAAGAUUUAGCACAGCAAAACUUAAUUAUAUCAAACACCGAAGCACCUGGGGAUGACAGGGUGUGCUCGGCCAAUGGAUUCACCACACAGACUGCCAACAACUCCAGCCAAGGCUUCUGUGGCACAAUCAGAAAUGGUGGGCAGGAGACAAUUGAGAUGAUGAAAGGACACCAGACCUUAGACUCCUGCCGUGUUACUGGGCAUCACCACACCCUGGAUUCCUGCAGAGGAGGACACAUGGAGACUGACAAUUGUAGAUACACCUACUCAGAGUGGCACAGCUUCACUCAGCCCCGACUUGGUGAAAAAUUGCACGCGUGUAAUCAGAACGAAGACCACACCCCUUCCCAAGACUAUGUCCUCACCUAUAACUACGAAGGCAGGGGGUCUCCGGCAGGUUCUGUAGGCUGCUGCAGUGAAAAGCAGGAAGAAGAGGGACUCGACUUUUUAAACAGCCUGGAACCCAAAUUUCUUACAUUGGCAGAAACAUGCACAAAGAGAUAACACCACUGGGUUACAAUCAGACAUGACCUUAGCAGUUAUUCCAGAAGUUUGAAACAAUGACACUGUACAACUGACUCACCACUCACACAAACUGUCCUUGAGUUAUGUUGGCUUGUGAUACUCUGACUUGUCUAGUACAAAAUUGACACAUAUUCAGGAGAAACCACUUAUGGAAUUCUGAUCCUUUCCAGGCUGGCCAUGUGCUGUGUGAAACAUUCCUGCAAUGCCGGGCAGGGGCAGUGGGCUGCAGGUCACAGUCUGUCACAGGGUCAUGACCCUAGCUGUGUGCCCUGCAUGUAUCUUCACUGAGUGUUCCUGUGACACAAUCAUGUCAUGAGUCAAGGAGUGUAUGCAUACAUUAAUGAACUUUCUACAUUUUGCAGUCUUCCCCUUACUGAUUUGUAUUGUUAAAGUGGUUUGCUGCUGACCAUUUUUCCAAAAUUACAAGUAUUAAAAUAGAGAGCAAGCAGGGCUGCAUAUGCUGUAGUCCUGGAGUUAGCUAAGGUCUGUAAAAGACCUGCCCUGCCCUGCCCUGCAGAUAUUUUCCAAACAAAUGAAUUGGGUCAAAUAUUAAUCUAAAAUCAGCUAAGUUGUAUCAAUAUCAGCUCACCACACACUCCUAGGGAUGGUUUAAGAAACAAACAAGACGUUAAGUAACACGACUUGAGGAAUGCCUCAGGACAGAAAUAAUUAAUACUGGAUUACAUUAAAAUUUUCGCAACGCUGAAGAUCUAGGACCUGCCUGUCCCCAGUUUCACUGUCAAACACUUUAUUGGACUUUGGAGACAAAAUUUAGCAAGCUAGCCUAUUCUGCGACAAUUUUGAUAUUUCAGCACAGCCUGAAGCCAGUGUGUAUUUCUACAAAAUCAGGCACCAGAGCAGUGUUUAAAACACAGUGUAAACAAAGAAGAAAAUGGCGAUGAUUAAAAUUAAGGCUGGGUGUGACUUAUCUUGUAACAGGAAACCGGGGCUUUAAAGGGGCAGUCUUCUUUCCUGGUUACUGCGGGUGUGUGGUGUCCGAAUGUCUCAGCUCAUGCCUGCUUGUGUCAUUUGUUUAACUUUAGAAAUAUAUGUAUUCUAGCAUUAGUGGGAAAGAAAGAGCCAUGAUCGUGGAAGAACGGAGUCAUUCACUGGAUAUGUUAAGAUUUGUACAUCCAAAUAUUAGAAGCCAACUAUAGGACCCAUCUUUCUAUCUUUCUACUGCACGCUCUGCUUGGACACCCAGCUUUCUGGCAGGGAGUUUGCAGAAAUGACAUGAUUGUCUUGGAAACUUGUGCUGAUCUUUGCUGAUGUGAUAUCCCCCAUCACCCUUUUCUUUUUCUUCUACUUUUUUCUCUCUUCCUCUUUCUCUUCCUUUACUUUUUGGGGGGGGGAGUGGAGAGGGUAUCUCUACAUACCCCAGGCUGGCCUCAAACUCACAGUUCUCCUGCCCCAGCCCCUGUAUACUAGAAUUACAGGCAGAUGCCACCACUCUUGCUUUUGAUGCAGAGCCAAAUGGCCUUGCCCUUUAAGUUCCAGGCUUUGUGCUGCUGGGAGGCAAAGGCCAAGGGAUGCAGACAGUGGGGAGAAAGUGUGGCUAUCCUCAGAACCACAGACUCACAGGCUCUCACCCUCACUCCAGCCAGAAUUGCAGCUGUCUUUACAGCACCGGCUCACACCCUGCUGGGGAGCAGGUCUGGGGCCAGUCAGUUGCCUUUCCUGUCUGCCAAAGCUACUGUAAAGAACUCUGGCAGAUCCACCUAGGCAGCAGAUCUUCCAGAGACUCCAUCAUCCUUCCCUGUGAAUUAAGUUUUUAUCGGUUUGCGUUGUUAGGGGAAAUUAUCAUGACAGAAGAAACAGGAAUUUAGGAUCCAUGGAAGAAAGACAAGCAAAUUGUCAUUUAGGGAGGACAAGCGAUGGAGCAUUUUGGUGUUGAGAGACUAGCAAGCAGACCAGGUUGGAAGGCCAGGAAGUGAAGCCGGCAGGCCUGUGAACAGCAGCGAAGUUGGCAUUCCAAGCUCUUUGUGUUUUGUUAGGCCUCACCUUGCCUUUUCUUCUUGCUCUUAAACCACAGGCAAGACAUUUUUAAGACCUCUUCUUAUGUGGGAUACGAAAUCAGGAGAGUAGGUUCUGAGGUGCAGCAGGGAUCAAGGAAGUUCACGGUUCUCCGUAGCUAUGUGAGAAGCUUGAGGCCAGCCUGGGUUAUGCGUGGUGACUCUUUGGAUUGGCCAGGACUUCUGGGCCAAACAGAGAGCCUCCUCCAGAUAACCCUUAAACUCUUUUCUAGCCAUGCUAAGGUCUAAGAUUCUCAUUUGAUUUCACAUUUCUCAUGUUUUCAUUUCACCCUGAGAGUCAUUUUCUUGUAGACUUUUGAAAUUGUCAUUUUUUUUUGUUCACAGCAUCAUAUAAUGUUAUUCUUUUCUCACAUGUAUAAGGUGAAAAUUGUGCUACUUUAGUGUUAAGAAAAAGUUUGCUUUUUUUAAUGCUUUCAUUCUCCCCCCACCCGGUUUUUAUGUAAAUGUACAGACUAUUUUUCUCACAUUUAUAGGGAUGCAGUUAACUGUCUAAAGAGCAAUUGAAUUUUAUUUUUCAGUGUUUAAACUACUUUGAUUUGACAAUUAAAUUGCUUUUGAAACUUGCCAGAUAAAAAUAAGCAUGCAUUGAGUGUGUAAAAUAAAGCUUCUUGAUAAGGAA